AUGAAUCCAGCUCCCGUAUACCAUCCUCAUAAGCCUCCAUUUCCACCCGCUUACCAUCAACAACCACCGCCACCGAUGCCUGGCAUGAUUUCACCUGGGGAGAGUAGGAGAACGCCGAAUGAGGUGGAACCCGCCCAACGGCAAUCCCUCCCGUCUAUAUCAGAAGUUUUCUCGGGGGCCAAGCCAAGUCAUUAUUCACCGACUCCUACAACCUUGGCCGGUGCUCAUAGUCUUCCUCCCCCAUUAAGAGCUGAGCCGCCACCGGAAUCACGGUCGGUUCCGCCAGCACAUGAAGAUAAGUUCUUCCGUUAUCCUCAGCGAUCAGAUAUCGGGCCACCGCCAGGCCCUCCUGGGCCUCCAAAUUCAACAUAUGCGUUCCAAGAGCAGCGCGAUCCUGCUAAGCCGCCAGAAUCGGUAUCAAAUUCUCAUGCGAACCCUCCGCCUCCAUACCCGCCAGGUCAAUACCCACUACCUGGGGCACCGAUCUCUCCUCAUCAUCUUGGUCCUUCUUUGCCGCCUUACGAUCAAUCACGGCCACCUCCUCACAGCGAUGAAGAGUAUGGGAUGCAUAGAAGCCGGUAUGAUUCUGCUACUCUAAAUCGGCAUUUUGAGUCGUGGGGCUACCAGGAUUGUUUAAACAAGUUGGUGUGGACUUCAAGAACGGUCUGCAAUUUCGCUGAGGCGUAUAGUAAGAUUGCGUCGGAGCAGCACGGCGGGCAGCCCAUCCCAGAACGCUUGCCAAGUGACCAGGAGGUUUCAAGCAUGCUCGGAAAUGUAGAAUUUAUUAAGCGUUCCCUCGAAAACCUCCGAGAAAUAGUACAACAUAGUUUAGCGACUGAAAAGGCCCGGGAAGGUCGCGGUAAGGGGCCGUACGAAGGGGAUGACGAUAUAAGCAUGUAUGGCGAUGGCAUGAAACAACCAUACGGGCUUAGCGAGGUCAAAAAGCGACGAGGCCGUGCAGCACCUCCUGGUCGGUGUCAUAGCUGCAACAGAAUUGAUACUCCAGAAUGGCGACGGGGACCCGACGGUGCAAGAACAUUGUGCAAUGCAUGCGGACUUCAUUACGCUAAACUCGAAAGGAAACGCCAGAUGGAGCAACGCUCUAUUCGACCCAAAACCGUCGAAGAGCGCGUUUAAGUUCAGCAUCCGGAUUUUGAUCCAAAUAAUCCAAAGCUGCGGUAUUACAAUAAUUCAUUGUCCUAGCCUCUCAGGGGCAGGGCAAAGGUGAUGUGUGGUCAUUAUUCUGGAACAUGACCAGUCAAUAAUUUCAUCGACAUCUACCUUCUCGAUCUUCCGAGAUUUACCAUGCAGCUAUCAGCAAAUAUCGCACUUGUAUCCUACUCCGGAACAUAUAACGUGUUAAUUAUUAUACCCGAUUCGGAGCUACGCUUUUCAGUCAGUUCUAUUGUUGCUACUGUCACUUUCGUUGUAUAUACCCUCAUCUGGGCAAAGGAACUCGGGAGAUCACGUCAGGGCAUCGUUUGGCGUCUGGCUGUUUCUCAAUUUGACGUUCUGGGUGGGUUUAUGAAAUCCAGACAAUGGGGAACUGGCUGGUGGAGUUACAUAUAUGGGAGGUUACAUUUAGCAUCUUAGCAGCGCAAGUACGAUGAGCCAAGAGAUGGCAUGGGCAAACCAAAAAGAAAAAAACUCGACCCGUUAUGUGGUGAUAGACAGGGAUACGAUUUUCCCUCUUUAUAUUCAGAGAUAGUGACGCGAGUCCUCUUUUGGUCUGGUAGAUAAGAUCCGACUUAUUCACCUCUCCGUCGUACCACAGUGACGACUUUGUCUAGACUCAGCUCGUUAGUAGCAUUCCCGAUAGGAUUCCUACUGGAAUCUUAGUAUAAAUAUAGACGUUAAUACCAUAACCUUUGAUAUCCGGGUUG